CGUGGGGGGGGGUGGGGGGGUCAUUAGCAAGAUGCGGCCCUUCUUGCAUGCGGCUGCCGCUAUGAAGCGAGUCUGGUGUCCAGUUAUACUUACGGUGAUGUAGGCUACGAAGCGGUUGAGGGUUCAGGGACGGGAUCCUCGGGCAUUUUGCGUGAGGGAUCGAUCUCUGCCUGGCUGCGCACUUCAAGAGAGAAAGAAAAAAGGGAGGAGGCCCUGUAUUGUUCUGCAGCAGGGAAGGGUGGGUGGGGGGAAUAGGGCUAUCAGUUCCACUCAGAUAACCCCCCACAACGUCAUUGGCCCUCUGGCCAUGCCAUGACCCCUGGGGCCUGAACUCGGCGGUCAUGUGACCGAGCUGAAAGUGACCAGCAGGCUCGACCGGGAGGAGGAGGAUCAGAGCCAGAAGGAGCUGAGAGGACAAGAGAGGAGAGGAGAGGACAGCAGGAGAGGGAAAGACAAGAAGACGGACCGAGAGGGAGAGAAGAGCGAGCGUCAUGAGGCCUUCCCGACGAGGAUACACGUAUGACUGAAUGGCAGGAGAGACAUCAGAUGGAUUCAUGGGAAGUAGAUGACCAGGCUGAGCAGCGCUCCUGUCUCAUCUGCGGAGACCGCGCCACCGGACUGCACUAUGGCAUUAUUUCCUGCGAGGGCUGCAAGGGCUUCUUCAAGCGCAGCAUCUGCAACAAGCGCGUGUACCGCUGCAGCCGUGACAAAAACUGCGAGAUGUCACGCAAGCAGCGCAACCGCUGCCAGUACUGCCGCCUGCUCAAGUGUCUACAGAUGGGCAUGAACAGGAAAGCGAUCAGAGAGGACGGCAUGCCGGGCGGGAGGAACAAAAGCAUCGGGCCCGUUCAGAUCUCGGACGAGGAGAUCGAGCGGAUCAUGUCUGGUCAGGAAUUUAAGGAUGAGUCCAACAUGGCAGAGCACACCUGGGGCAACAAUGGUGACAGCGAUCACAGUUCCCCUGGCAACGGUGUCUCCGAUGGCAACCAACCUUCUCCCGCAUCCACACUCUCCUCCAAUCGCUCGGUGGAGCUGAACGGCUACACGGCCGCCCUCAGGGAGCAGUACAUUGGCAGCGCCGUGGCCCAGCAUUACCAGUUCCUGCCUCACCUGUUCGGCUACGCGGCACAGCCCCGCAGUCUGUACCCACAGAGUCAUACCCUCAUCAGCCAGCUGGUGGCAGCAGAGGAACUGGCACCACUGGGCACUCCCAUGCUCAUCGAGGACGGGUACCGGGUGACCCAGGUGGAGCUCUUCGCCCUGCUGUGCCGCCUGGCCGACGAGCUGCUGUUCCGUCAGAUCUCGUGGAUCAAGAAGCUGCCGUUCUUCUGCGAGCUCUCCAUCGAGGACUACACACGGCUGCUGAGCGCCACGUGGCAGGAGCUCAUCCUGCUCGCCUGCCUGACCGUCUACAGCGCCCAGAUCCUGGGAGACCUGGCCAACGUCACCGACAAGUACACGCCGUCCGAUCACGAGCUGCAGGGGUUUAGCGAGGAUGGCAUGGAGGUGAUGGAGAAGCUGAUCUAUCUGUUCCGUAAGUUCCACCAGCUGAAGGUCAGCAAUGAAGAGUACGCCUGCAUGAAGGCCAUCAACUUCCUCAACCAAGAUAUCCGGGGAUUGACUAACGUGGCACAGUUGGAGCAGUUGAAUAAGCGUUACUGGUACGUGUGUCAGGACUACACUGAGUACAAAUACCCUCACCAACCCAAACGCUUCCCGGAGAUCAUGAUGUGUCUGCCUGAAAUACGCUGCAUCGCAGGGAAGUUGGUAAACGUUCCUUUGGAGCAGCUCCCCCUGCUGUUCAAGGCGGUCCUGCACUCCUGUAAGUCCAGCCUGAACACCUACAGGUCAAACCACUCCCCCUGCGCGACGAAGGGCUCCGCCCCUGCCAACUAAAAAAAAAAAAGACCCUCCUCUCACCCACCUCUCCUCUCCUAACGAUGCACAUGGGGACAGGGAUUUUCAGGGUGGUGGAGGUGUCGCACGGAAAGAAAAGAACGAAAGAAAGAAAUGAUGAAUGUGACUAGCAGCUAUUUUAUACGUUUAAUUUCCCUCCCCUCUCUAUUUAUUACCAGACAGAGCUGAAUGUAUACUGACGUACACCGCACACGGUCGCUGCUGCUCGUACGCAAAAAUGCACAAACUCCGCAGCAGAGUUUACGCUCGCUCGUCCGACCGCAGAAUGUGUUCCCACUGCUAGGGUUUAGGAGUUAGUUCACUUUCUGCUGCUUGUAGAGACUGAUAUACAAAUAUAUAUAUACAGGUGCAUUUAAAAACAUUGCAUAUCGUGGAAAAGUUCAUUUUUUUCCCCCUGUAAUUUAACUCAAAAAGUGUGACUU